CUCCGUCAAAAAGGGAAAGACGCGACAGGUUUUACCGGGAGAGGCUUGAAAACCUGGCUGACAGGAAGAGGAAACUUUACCAUGGAGCUUUGGCAAGUUAAAUGUGUUUUUUGACACACAAUGAUUCAUCUGCUGUUCCACGAUUUCAUCUAAUGCAAAAGAAAUGGGUUGCGGCUCAAGUAACACGGCGUCAGCGACCGAACAGAAUCGCCAUGCACAUGUAGAUCCUUUACCUGUUGACAACAACAACAUGUCGAAGGUCCCAAGCAAGAAAAUAUCAGAGGAACAGCCACAUGGUACCUCUCAAGAAUCUGAAGAAGCCGUUGUCGAUAAAAGAACAGCUAGCGUGCAGAAGAACAGCUGCGUUAAUGGGACGAAAAGGACUACAGAGUCGAAAUGGCGACAGCUGACCAUCUUGCAUUUCAAUGAUGUUUAUAAUAUUGAGCCCCGGGAUAAAGAGCCGGUUGGAGGAGCGGCUAGAUUUGCCACUAAGGUGGCGAGUCUGAGAUAUCUCAAUCCCUUGAUUGUAUUCAGCGGGGACUGUUUGAACCCGUCAACAAGUGAGUAUAGUUUGUUGAGAAAUUUCCAUGCGUUGCCAGAUAAAUUAUAAGUCAAUAAAGUCUUACAUAAUACAUUACAUGAGAAAUAAAUUUCGAAGUGGAUGAGCAAAUGCACAUAAGCUUUGCAACAUUGUAAAGCUUAACCUUUGCUUUUACUGCUCGUGAAAAUGAAAUAAUGCCUUCUUUUACUUUCUCAACUCACAAAUGGCGGUCAUUUCUCCCCGCGGAUAUGUGUGCCGGCCAUAAAAGAGGAAGUGAUUCCAGGACUCCCUGUUUGGAACAGGCCAUCCAUUUUCCACAGUUUCGUAGAACAGGGUAUAACAUCUUAGGUGCGGUUCAGGUGCCAGACUUAUCUUAUCUCUUACCACGACUUCCUCAAUGAAAACUUGAUUACUCACCCAAUUCUGACCCUGCUUAGACUUUCUUCCCAUCUGGAGGGGUGGCGUCUGGUGGCGGAACCAUGAGGAACUCAAACUUUGGGUCUGUUGGUCCAGGUUUAAGCCUUUCUGUCAUGUUGUUCCCUGAACACCGUGUCUCUCUUCAUCUGUUUUUUCAUCAGUGAGCAGUGUGACUAGUGGCAAGCAGAUGAUUCCAAUCUUAAAUGCUCUAGAUGUGAAUAUUGCUGUGUUUGGUAAUCAUGAUUUUGGUAAGUCAAAGGGAGUCAAGUUCUAUAAGUCUUGAGAGUUAAUGCCUUUAAUCCUUGGCAAUUUCCUGAGCUUGUCUCACCAUUUUUGUUUUCAUAAAAGUUGCAAAAUAUAGUGGUUGGUGAAACACUCCUUGAAAUGAACCUGUCUUGCAGUAUUUUUUAUACAGCAGCUGUUGCACAGAAUAGAAUACUGUUUGCGCUGUGCACUGCUAUAAAAUUGUUCUGAAACAUGUUCAUUUUAGAGGGUGCUUUACUUACAACUUCUUGCAUCACUGGUCUUGCAAUUGUACAACAAAAUUGUGAGACUAGCUCAGGGGCGGAUCUAGGGGGAGGGUGCAGGGGGUGUGCAUCCUCCCCUGAGAUUACCUGCAGUUUUCUAAUACAACUGGUAUUCUGUAAAAAAAAAACCAAAACUAUAUGGUUUAUGGGUGUUGAAGUAGAGCAAGAGACGAGUGCACCCCCUCCUACAAAAAAUCCUGGAUCCACCCCUGCUAGCUGCACAGAACAUUGCUUGUCUAACAAUGUCUUUAGACCGAAGAUUUGUAGUCGAGAAGACAGUGUUCAAAUGUAUGGUACCCUGCAAGCAAAAGGAAAGAACCUGGCCUGGGUUAACAAAGCUGGGUUAAGAUAACCCAGGGUUAGUUCGAAAUUUGAAAUUAGAUAUGAAAGCUUAAAAAGCAAAUUCAGUUUAAUUCUUGUGUCUACGGGGUUAACCAUGGGUUAGUGCUAUUCGGCCAUCAAACAGCUGGGCCGUGGUUGCUCUAUUACCAGUGUACAUGUACAGCCAAGUCCCAUUCAACUAUGGUCACAAGUCAUACCUGUUUAGCUUGCCUUUAAUUGAGACUCUCUGAUGUGCUGCUGCUUAAAGCCACAUCAUUCAUAGUCUGCAAAACAGUUGGGGUUUUUUCUUGAAAUCGUUUUAGGGUAGCAUCAGAGUCUCCUACACACUAAGUGUGGGAGCCUCUCGCACCCCCAUGAACCCCAGUCUCACUCAGGGUAUAUUUGAGGCAAGAGAACCCCAGUCUCACUCUCUACUUUAAGCCUGCUCCGGACCUUUUGUUUUACCGUUCACACCUACUUGAAUAUGUAAAAGUACGGACUGUUUUGCAGUCUUCAUCCUUCUAUUUUCUUAUUGGUGUUACUUUUUUGACAGAUUUUGGUGUUGAUGAGCUUGUGGAGUUUCGUAAUGCUACCAAAUGUCCAUGGCUAUUAAGUAAUGUAAUUGACAAUAUGACCGGAAGGCAGUUGGCCAAUGGUGAGGUCAAACGGAUUAUUGAGUGGGGUGGGAGAAAGGUGGGUUCAGCAUUAUUGUUACUAGUGAAGUCAUGCAAUAGGACAGCGAAGGAAAGAAGAUAGCAAACCUUGUGUGACAAGUGUGACAAUAGUUUUGUUUUGUGCUUUAAACAACAAGGUUGUAAUUGAAGAUUGAGAAAAUCAUAUCAUGUUGUCGCACGUAGACAUUUUGCUAUCCUCUCUUUUCUGCCAUCCUGUUGCAUAAGUUCACUGUUAAUACUUGCUAAGAGACAAAUGUAUUAUAGCAUAGUAUAGUAACAUAUUGUUCGCAAAAAACAAAUUAACUAAAUUAUUGUAUGUCACCCCUCCCUCUUAUUGUUCCCUUACUGGUUUAGCUAUGUACAUGAAUGACCCCACAAACGAGGCUUUGCUUUUAACUUUGUGAUGUUUCUAGUAAAUGUCAAGGAUGUGUUGUGUGAAGUUAGCAUUUGAUCCACACACUUCUUGGUUCAAACAGUACGGAUUGAACCAAGCAAGUUUAAUGUUUACAUACUCAAGAUGGUUUGAUUAGCUUACUUUAUACCUUGUUUCAUCCACAGUUUUCAUAGUUAUGAUUAAUAUAGUAUGAUUAUUCACAAUCAGAUUUGCCCUUGCUAUAUGGUGGAUUUGGUUUUGUAACAUCACUCCCAUUUACAAAACAUUUACUACUUUUUGUUCAGAUUGGUUUUAUUGGUUUGGUUGAAGAGGAAUGGCUUGUUACCUUAGCAACAGUUGAUAGAGAAGAAGUUACUUACAUGGAUUUUGUAACAGAGGGGACAAAACUGGCAAAGGAGUUAAGAGAAGAGGUAAGAAAAAGGCUUUAAUUUUUUUUAAGUUCUUUGGAAGUUACAAUUUUUAAUGUCAGUUGUUUUUCUUGGUGCUGAGUACAGAGGGUGGGAAGGCUAUGUGAUGCACAUAUGGCGCAUAUGGCUUAUUAAAAACUACUUUUGGGACCCAAAAUGCACCACAGCCAGAUAAUGGUGUCUAUUUUGUAAUAAUCAUGUUUUUUGAGUGUAGUACUUGCUACCUUAAUGAUAAUUAAAAGGAUGAAAUAACAACUGCAUUGACUUUUGUCUUCAUUUUUGGAUCAACUCUUUGUCCUGUUCAUGUAAUUUGUCCCCAAAUACACAAGAUUUUAGCCAAAGGGUGUCCAGCCAUGGUAUGGACGCCCAUUCUUGGAAGAAAUACAAGGAAAAUUCACUUAAUCUCUUAUAAUUUAAUGGGAAAUAUUGCCUUCUGGAUGGCUAGUUUUCAAUGUCUGGCUAAAAGCCAGCAAAGCAACGAACUUGGAACUAGCAUAUAUAGUUGAUUUGGACAGUAAUGAUGGGCAACUGCUAACAUUUUUUUUGUCUUUUAGGGUGCUGAGUUUGUAGUGGCCCUAACACAUAUGAGAGGACCAAAUGAUCGUCGUUUAGCAGAGCAAGCUACUGGAAUUGAUCUUAUACUUGGUGGACAUGAUCAUGACUACUUUUCACAGAAGGUAUUGACUUAGAAAACUUUGUUUCCCUCUGCAAACGCUUGCAUCCCCUGUAUGCAAAUUGCACCAGUGAAGGUGGCCAUGAGAGGACUUCUUGAUUCAGAGUGUAGAAAUUUUUUAGCUGUUGCAGCUAUAGGUCCUGUAGGUGUUGUGUCUGACGCUGGUGUACAAGUGACAAAUGUGGUAUUAUUACAUGUAUCAUUGGCCAUGCCAAGUAUUGUUAGAUUUGGCUUUAUAUUUAGCAAAUAUUGAAUGAGGCUGAGUUGGAUUCGAAGAAUUAUGCAGAUCGAGGAGGAUGUUUUCGGCCAUGGCCUUCAACAUCCUUCAAGAUAGUAUAUUGCUCACAUGAGUCUUCCAAGUGUGGUAAGCACCAUUUGGUCAUAAAGAAUUACCCGUGGGAUUGGAGCCAAUCAGAAACAGCAAAAUAUUUUGAAUAAAUAAUGAUGGGUACACGUGUAAUAUUAACAGAUUGGCUCCACUACACAGUACAGGAUGAAUGGAAAGCCAUUAGGUUAAUUUUAUUGUUGCUGUUUCGGCUGAGCAUCAAGAGAUAUAACAUUAAACAAUAUUACGUUGAACGACAAAUUCUAGAUUGCAUUGAAACACGUGGUAGAUAAAAAAGAACAGAGCUGAGCGACAGUUUACAAAAAAUAGUGUCAGAACAGAGGCCAGAAAAUACCUGCCAGAAAAAAAACUCAGUGGGGAAAAAACAUGGCAGGAAAUCUGGGUAGGAUCCAUGACUCUUGCUCUGAAUAGCCUAUCCUAUGAAGGCAGCACAGCUCUUAAGUCUCUGCCCCCAUUUACUAAGCAUGUGUACCAACAAAGCACGAUAAAUUCAAAAUGAUUAUUUGAAAAGAAACGAAAACAAACUAAAACCCUCGCGGAACUUGAUCUGAAACUUAAUAAAUUAAAUACAUAAAAAGUAAAUAAAUGAAGAAUAGUGAGGGGUAAAAUGAGGUGUUGGCGUAGAAUGCUUUCCCAUGUGAUAAGUAUCCCUUUUACAGCACUCCAUUCCACCCAUGCUGCACUUGACCUGAAACUGCCGCAGUCCCCACUGCUCCUGUGCCAGAGAAAUAUUUUAUUUCUGGUUAAUUCAUAUCCACUCAAAUGCGGGAAAUGCCCUUUUUCAUGCACUGUCAGUUGCAGCUGAUUUUUUACUAACAGGGAAAAACUGCACUUUAAGAGGUUUCUCCUAGUUUUGUUAAUUGUUCCUGUUUCUUAUUUUUAAUCAAAGAUCAAUGGUGUUCAGGUCAUAAAGAGUGGUACAGACUUCAGAGAACUAAGCUGCAUUACCGUCUCCUUUAAUGAUGACAACACUUUUGGUUUAGAUGUACAGCGAAUUGAAAUAACUAGUGAUAUACAAGAAGACCCAGAAGUUAAACUGACUGUUGACAAGUUUGUUGGUGAGUUGGAAAUGAUAUUUUGAUGAUUACAUUGCUGUAUGCUGAGUUUUUGUUUUUUCGCUCUAGACUAAAGUGUGCGUGUAACAGCCAUCAAUUCAGUGUCAAUUCCACGUUUUUUUCAAGACGAUCAACUAUGCUCAGCACACUGUUCAAAUACAAUACCGUACAAGAAAUCCUUACAAACGAGGAAGUGUCCGUGUCCGUAACCUUGAAAAUUGCUGCAAGAUCUGUAAUGAUUCCGUAAUAUUCUAUUCCUUUGAUGUGAGUCUAGUUAAAUGAUCCUUAUCCGAAAAAUAAGGGCAAAAAUAACAAGGGGAUAAAAGCACAUGUAUCCUGAGGUUUGACCUAGUGUCAAAUGACAAAACCUCAGCGCAGACUGGGCCUAGUGCACAGGAAACCUAACAUUAAUUUUACAGUGCGUCCCAAAUUUGGGUGAUCAUUCUUUGCUGCAAAGAGACUAUGCAUGAUAAAUUUUACUCAGGCUUCAUUAUUCUUUGAUUCAAUUAGGUGUAAUGAAUGAGAUGAUGGAAGAAGUUAUUGGUGAACUAGAGGUUGAACUAGAUGGCAGAUUUUCCAGUAUAAGAAAUAACGAAACAAAUCUAGGUAAACAUACAUUUUUAUUUCUUAUUACGGUAAUGUAUCUGUUUACUUAGUUCCUUAAAGGAUCUUUUCUUGAAAACAUUUAAAGAAUUGUAUAAAAGUAAAAAAAUAUACGAUGUUUCAACAUUCUUGGACGUUAUUAUCAAAUAAAAUGUUUUUUUAAGAAAAUUUUUUCUUUAUGGCUAAAUGUUUUAAAACGUUGCUUCUUUUUAACAUUAUUUCUAUUCCCUUUUUUAGUUUUACAUUUAAAACUGAGUUUUCCUUUACAGGAAACUUUAUAACAGAUAUCAUACAUAAUGUCACAGAAGUUGAUUGUGUGAUCUUAAAUUCUGGAACUCUACGCUCAGAUACAUUACAUCCUCCUGGAAAAUUUAAAAUGAAGGUAACUUGUUUUUACUUUUCAAUCAGAUAAGUUGUUUGUUUAUUCUGUUAGUAAGAGCAAGCCGAGAUACAGUACAUGAUCAGGUACAAAAGAUAAGAUUGAAUUUGCCUAACCAGGGCUAUCGUUAAAAUUUCAAGCUGCCGGGCUAAUUAUGGAAGUAGACAGGGAAUCCAACAACUAGUGAUUUUGUUUGGUUCUAUUUUUCUUCUAUUUUCCUACAAAAGUAGAGGGGGGGGGGGGUCAUGUUCAUAAUAGCAGGGGGAAAUCCCCAGCCCCUGGCCCCUAAUGACAUUCCCGCCUAACCAAGUCAACAACCAUAAGAAACACCGUUAUUUGCCCUAGCUUCUGGGGUCAGCAUAUUUCUUAAAAUAUUUAUUUAUCUUUGGCCUGUUGGCUUGCUGCCUCUUCUGUUAUAGAUACAGCAGUUGGCCUAGUUGCUUUUGCCUUGCAUAGCUGGGUGAGAUCAGUUCACUUUUUGUACUUUGUUGACUCAGGUCAGCUAUUGGAUGGACAUUUUGCUCAUUACAGUGUUUCUUUGCUUUUCCUUUGCCAUCUUUGUUCUUGGAUCUUCUCAUUCACUCAUGACAUUGUCAUCAUGGAGGGCUUCUGGACUAUUUUCUUCCCCUGUUCUAACUUUUAUAUCUAAUCGGUAUGGAAGAAAAUAAAACUAAAAGUAUAAUGAAAAGUACAGAUACAAAGAAAUCGUGAUUUUAAUUAUCACUACAUUUCUAUACUGCUUUAGGACCUUGCAGCCAUUCUUCCUAUGCCAGAUGUGUUAGUGGUAUUAGAACUUACAGGUAUUUUAGAGUUGUUGAUGUAUCAGUUUAAUUAAUCUUGUGUGACCAUGUCCUCAAUUCUUGUAAUGGGUGUGAUAAAAAGUAUUGCUAACACGGGGAAAUAUGCAUGCUGAUUACUCUUAGGGCUUAAAAGGGUUAUUUUAUUCACAUCUUGUAGACACUACCAUUGACUUCACUAGAUACAGAACUGCUUGAAUUUUUUAUAUAAAUUAAUGUAUCACUGUUAUAUAUUUCCAAUCAAAUAAGAAAAUUCUGGCAGAAAUUCUGAAUCUCACUAUCAGUAUUCCAAGCUGAUCCCUGAUUCACAUAAAUUUCUAAAAUACUGGUUACACCUCCCAGUGUGGGGGGUGGGCUACUUGGUUAAUUUUUGCUGGGUAUGUGCCACUGGCCUCUCACAACCCCUACCCCAUUAUAGUCUAUUUUGUGGCCAGUUGUAGACCCCAUCUCAGUAACUUUUGGGCAAAAAUGUAAUUUUUGCAAUCCUGACGUAGUCACUUUUUAUUUAUGUAUCUACCUUAUCAAUCCUUUAAAUAGGUCAUCCUAAGAUGAAUUGACCCAUUUUUUAAUAAAUUGAAUGAAGAACACUUUACUUUUCACCUACAGUACAAAUAUUCUGGUACGUUUGCUAACGGAAAAUAUGAAGAACCCAAAAAUCUUAAAAUGUGCGACCUCAUUCUAGUAACUCUAUUGAAAAUGCGACCCCAUUAUAGUCAAUCCAGUUGUGAAAAUGCGACCCUAUCCAGCAGUACAUCCCUUUAAGCCUCUUAUAAGGAAGUGCCUCCCCUCCCCCCCCAAGGUUAUGCCUGCAUGACGUAGCUUUUCUGUGAAGGCACUUAACCCUCUUUAAAAGCUCCAAUACCAUCCAAAUUCUACCAACUGAUCUCUAUAUAUUUCCUGAAGCAGUUGGUGGAGGGAAUUUUUUCAAAGAUCAACGCAUUUUCCCUUUAGUGAUUAUUUUUCUGAUUCUCUUAACUCUUUCUCUUGAAAAUGUAAUGAUGUUGAGAGAAAUUAAUGUUGGUCUGCUUUUGGGGUUGAUGAAUGAUUUAUGCCUUGCCCAAUAUGCUUUCUUUUACUUGUCAACUGUAUUAAAUAAGCUUUAAAAUUGUCCUUUGUUGCAGGUGACCAGAUUUUAGAGGCCCUAGAAAAUGGAGUCAGUCAGUGGCCUAAGCUUGAAGGAAGAUUUCCCCAGGUGGGCACGUAUUUAGUAACUCAUCUUGUUUUUGCUUGAAAACAAACCAUAUAGAGCACUCACUCUAAGUUGUUUUCAAAACACAGCCACGUUGAUUGCGUUCUUUUUCUUAAACAUGGGUUCAAGUUGUGUUGUGACAUAAGAGUAAGCCACUAGUUUGCUUUUUUAUGUUACUGAUGCUUUUAAUGGCAGCGUAAUCACCUUUCUUUCUUCAAUCAAGGUUGCUGGAAUGAGAUUUUCUUUCAACCCAAAGCGAGAUCCUGGGUGUAGAAUACUGAAACCCUCUGUUAGCAUUGAUAGCAAACCACUAGAUAGAAACAAGGUUUGUAUAAUUUUUAGCUCUGCUUUGUUAAUUGUAUUUUCUCAUAACAGUUAGAGCAGUUACCUGACAGAAUGACCCUGUCUCUGGAAAAAAAGUAUCAUUGAUAAUGCCAUCAUAGGCGACUUUUUGAUUCCUGAAAAUUAAAGUUGCAACAGAUUCAUACAUGUAUCUGUUGAUGUUUUUAAACACCAGUAUUUGUCACACUCUCUAACAAAAAGUAUCUACAGUUUUCCAUUUUGACUGCCUAUAGGUUCUAGUUCUGUUGUCAAUACCUUAUUCUAUUAAGUUACUGCCAAGGCAUGCAAACUGUUAAGUUCCUGCAGGCCCAGCAUGGAGCAGCAGUUCUUGUUUAGGGAAAUGACAGUACUGGGCAAAAACCUGGUCUAGAACAAUGCCCUACUAUCGGACAUUUUCACUCUCUAUUGAAUCAAUGUGAUGUAAAUUUUCUUAAUUUAUUUUCCCCAGACAUACAAAGUUUGUACAAAGUCCUACCUUGCCAGGGGUAAGGAUGGUUAUCGGGUUUUUGCCAAGGCUAAAGUUCUGGUGAGUUAAUGGAUCAAUCAGAAAUUAAGUAUUGAGAGAAAAAGAUUUAUUUUCUCACAAGGGGGCUGGGUUUGUUUAUAACCUGUAAGGGGGGCCCGGCCAUUUUGCUGGGGGGUCAUUUUCAGAUAAGGGAGUGUUAAAUGGGGAUCAUUUUUAUUAAUAAAUUUCAUGAAAGUAGUACGAAGCAGUAAUAAGUGUGAAUUGAAAUUGAAUGUCUUAGCCAUAAAUUGUGAACGUUUAUGUCAUAAACAUGACAUGAAGAUAAAGUAUGUGGUGAACUUUGGAACGAUUUUUAGCGGGAGUAUUCUUAGUUUCCACAGCAAUCUGAAUCAGGUGGGGGUCACUUUAACAAAAUGUAAAAUUGAUGGGUGGUCAUUUCUAAAAAGCUCAGAUGAAUUGGGGGCUCAGUUUGAAAAUCUUCUAAGCUUUCUAAAAAUGGCCUGCCCCCCCUCACAGAAGAAUCUUUGGGACAGAACUUUUUUAUUUUCUCAGCGUGAACGGUUUCCAUUCCCUCCCUUUACAGUGUUGUUUAGAGGCCAAAUUCUUUCACAAAGUGCGAGUGAUUUUCAAAUAUGCUAAGGGGAGACAGAAAACCAACGAAGUGUGCAAAAGAAUGCUAUCUGAGGUGUGCUAUCUGGGUGGUCAGAAUGAUUUGUGUUGAACUCAAUGUGAAAGGAAAUCUUCAGUUGAAACUUAUUUUGAAGUUGUCGUGAAGGUUCCCUUUUAAUUUUGAGAUGAUUCCAUACUUGCUUGAGUACACAUCCCCACUAUUUAUAUCUGUUUCAAAUGGCAUUCUCAUACAGGGCUGUAUGUAUUGUGAACUAAGGCCGAGUUCAGACUCUGAACCUAAUACAUUGAAUUAAGUACUGGAAAAGUUUGGCAUCUGAAUCAAUUAGGAACACCUGUUUGGAUUUGGAAUAGCUCAGUCCCAUUCUUCAUGCCUAGCUGAACCGGGAGCACCUUGGGACGGCUUUGAUUCAGACACUGAACUUUUUUAUGUACGUAACCUAAUGCAUAAAUUAUUAUGAUGUAUUCUGUAAGCAGUUUGACCGAAAUGAGCAUCUUUCUCCUUUUGAAUUUAGUUUGGCUGGAAUUAAGAUCAGCAUCUGAACAAUUCAGCUGGUCUAAAUAAUUGGAGUUGGUCUUAAUCCUAAUUAGAUUCGGCUCAUGAAAAGUUCGGUUAACCAAAAUAGGUCAACCGAAUAGUGGCUCUUAUACACCUUGAACAUAAAACUGUUUCCACCUGACUGUAUGGGUUUAUAAGGUGAAAAUGCACAUUGUAUAUCACUUCAUUUUGGGAAACCUUGUCAGGAAAGUUUAUGUGAGCUCAUGUGGGCUAAACUCAGUGUUCAAAAACGAUCCUGGCUUCAGGAAAGGCAUCACAUUGAAGUGAAUCAGGAAGCACUUUUUCAAGUUAAAGACGUUGAAGCAUCUGCGGAAAAUUCACAAAGAUUUACUGCCGGUAACUUUUUCUUGAUAAAAUGAUUAUUUUCUUCAGGUGGAUGAGGAGGAUGGCCCAAUAUUAGGCACAAUUGUGAGAAACCAUUUCCGCUCAAUCAACAUUGUAAGAGGUGUUACCAAAUCAAAGUCUUCGCAUCGACAGAGUCUAAUCAUGUAAGUGUGAAGUUUUUCACCUGCAAGACUUAACAAACAGAAGAGUACUGAACGGACAUGCUUGGCAAGUUUGUUUCCAUACUGUACCAGCACUUCCAGUGUAUAUUGAAAAACUCUAAUUUUACGGAAAACAAAAAGGAAAAACUACUAGAAGAAAGGAGCCGAAAAAGGUGUGGGGGAGAAAAUAAAAACCAAACUUGCUCAAUGUCUGUCUUUGCCUUUUGCAUAUUCCUGCAAAAGUGAAGCACUUUCUUGCACUUUGAAUGGAAGCAAAGUAUUGUCAAAUGGUAAAGUACAUUAAGGUGUCAACAGUUUUGGCUGUCUUCGUGAGGGCAGUCAGAAAUAGCUGAAGUCACUUCAAGUGGUAUUUUGUUUGACAAUUUUCUCUUGAAGUUGUGUAUUCCUUGAGUCACUGUGAACCAACACAGGCCCUGUCCACAUGUAUUCGGUUAUUUUGGAAAACAGAGAUUAUAUUCCCCCGUUUUCAAAAAUUAUUCAUCCACACCCUGUAAUAACAUGUAUUAUCCCUAACCCUAAUCAUAACAUUAAACCUAAUCAGUAAAAUGAGUGCUUUAAACCUUAAUCACUAAAUCCACUCCUGAAUGCUUAUGUACAAAAUAAUAUACUCUACUUGAGUAAAACAAUAAAAGUGCCUUAUUGGAAAAAAUUAAACUGGUAUAAAAUAAUCAAACUAGUUUAAAAAUAAUUUUUAAACUAGGUUUUGAACCUGAAAAAAAAAUGACCUAGAACAUUUACACCUGGCCCUAAUGGCUAAAUUGGUGGAUAAUACUAUCAGUUGUAUUAAUCACUAUUUGGUUUCCCUAAUACUUAUCCACUGGGUAGUGAUUUGUCUAUCCCCAGUUUCUCGAAACUUGUAUAAUGCUAUACACCGAGUAGAGAUUUAUCUAGCAAGACUGUUGCCAAAGGCCAAAUCUUAAUUUAGUGAUUCUUAGAACUGGUGUCAGCAGAGGAGUGAAAACUAUUAAUACCUGUUGCAUUGCCUCCUCAUGCCUAUAUCAUAGUGAUACAAUAUUGAUAACAGAGAUAUGAAAUCCAUCACUUUCAAAAUUCUUUUUAAGAAGCUAACAAAUCUUUCAUGCCUGUUUUGCACAUCACUGUUAUUAAUUGUGAAAGGUGGUAAUUUACAGUGUAAACCUCUGUGUCAGCUAAUGUGAGAGCCCUUAAACAGAAUCAAACACUCAUCAAAGCAUGUUAUAGUUUCUGCUCCUUUAAAUGACCUUUUUUGAAACAAAGUAAAGUCGUUAUAGAAAGUAAUUUGCUUUAGUCGAUUUUGACAGUAAUUUAAUAGAGUUUUGUUAACCCUUCAUCCAGUCAACGUAAGGUUGUACAUGCCCUCUAAUCAAACACUAAAAAACGCUUAAGUUAACAAUAUUUUAACCGAACUGACUUUUUUCAUCACUUAGUUGCCUUGAAAGUUGUUUCAUUUCUGCACUUAACUCUUAACUUAAAUAUGAUCAUUAAACAGCAAGACCCUGCAAUGUGUUUGGCAUUAAAACUGGACCAGUUGAUUUCUUUAUUAUUUAACUCAUAAAUAUUGUUUCCAUUUCUAUAUUUCAUGACUAAAUAAAUGAAAAAAAACCUGUAACUAACAGGAGACAUAAAGAAGACUUAGGCGUGAGUGACCAUGAUGUGGUGGAAAAUGGCUGGGAUUCAAGUCAACAUGCCAGUUGGUGAGAAAAUUGGGUGUGAUGACAGCUGUAGACAGGCAGAGACAGAAUAAACAGAUAACAAUCAAUAAAUGAAUACAUGUAUGCCAAAAGAAUGAUUAUUUUUUAGUAUACAGAGCAAUAAGGUUAUGUUGGUAAGAUGCUUGAAAUGUGUAACAGCUGUGAUAUGGGUACCAUAUCAGGUGACAAAUUAUGUUUUGUCACUGAUAAUGUUGCUCAUGGUGCCCAGUAAAAGACAAUGUAAGACAACAAGGUUGUUACGUUGUUGCAAAAUAGCUCAUCUCAAUUUUUACCAGUUCAUUGAUUACUGAACUGUUAAUAGUUUUUUCUUUAGUAUGUCUUGAGGAUCUAUUAUUACGCAAAGGAAAAUAAGCCAUUCUAUGGCAAUCCCCUUAAAAUCCCUACCCUUGUUACCAAAGGUGAUAUUUCCUCUUCAUUGCAGGCGGCAUAGACCAUCCGAUGUAGUUGAUGUUGGAGAUCAAAGAUCAUCACAGGAGUUAUUUCUUAACUUGGAGAAAGAGCAUACUUGCAUUGCUCCCCAGGUUUGUAUUGUUGAAUGUUAAUAGUACAGCCUUUGAUUCUUUGGACUGCUGGAAGUAAACACCAUACAACUAUGUGUUUUAAAAGGAGUAGUGUCUUGGGAUUGUUCGUCGCAAAAGUAGACUAAUGCCUCUCUUAAUGAACUACUUUUUGAUCAUCAAUCAAGCAGAUUUUGCAGCAAAACUGACACGCAUCCUAUACAUACCAGUUUCAUACGAGAUUCAAAGUUGAAAAAGACUGGGCCAAACUUCUUUGGUGAGGAUUAUCCAAGUGCACCCCCUCCAAGAUGGUACAAUCAAUCAUUAAAAUGUUCCUGAUGACUUUGUAGGUCCAAAUGGCAUGCAGUUGCACUCAAACAGUCCACUAUCAAUGACAACUGCAGCUCUAUGUUUUGGAAGCCAGGCCUAAGUCAACUAGCCAGUAUCCAGAUGCCAUGUAAACGGUUGAGAAUAAACUAGCAUCUUGAAAAAUAAUGUAACUACCUUAAUAAGGGUGUUACCUUGUAUGUCGCUUUUGGAGCAUUACUAUAGAGAAGGAGAACUUAUUGUGUUUUUUAGGUAACGUUUUGAGCAUUGUCAGCUUUUCACUGGUCCCAGUAAUUCAUGCUAGUACAUUGUACAUGCAGGGAUUAAGUUACUGAAAACCUAAGAAGGCGAUUUUCUCACUCAAGCCAGCAACUUGUUCGUUAAAGUUUAGUUUGUUUCCUGCACAAAAGGCAGUUGUAGUUGUGUAACAAACUUAGAGCAAUCAUUGGAAUAUGAUUUAAUAUGAUACCGCAGCAGGAUUAGCUCAGUCAGUAGAGUGCUUGACUGCAGAGCGGGAGGUCACGGGUUCGAUUCCCGGGGCCGGACCAGUACUCAGGGUCUUAAAAUAACUGAGAAAUGAAGGUACUUCCUUUGCUCUGCAGGCGGCUGGACCUUCGCGUGGCUCGGAUGACCACGUAAAAUGGCGGCCCCGUCUCCAUUAGGAGACGUAAAAUAUAGUGUCCCCAAUUAGCUCUUUCGUGCUAAAUACAUUGACACUCAAAUAAAGUGCAUUUUUUUUGCACAUGCCUACUAUAGCUCAGGUACAAGAAUUUAGUAAAUCUAUUGAACCAGACUCGAACGAAUCAAUGACGGUACUUCCUCAGAAUGCUGAGCAUUAUAAAACUGAAUUUGACUUCAAAGUAUGACCCAACCUCAUGAAAAUUUCCUCAUCUAUAUAGUUUGCCUUUCUGUUGGACCCUCAUAAAACAGGCGUUGACACUCAGAGAUUCUAUACAAUCUAUUUAACAGGAAUUCAAUUUCAUUACAGGUGGAGGGAAGAAUUACCAUAAUUAGUGAUGCAGAGGACUAUACAGAUCUUACUACUUUGAAACCAGAGGGAGAGAGAAAGACUGAAGAUUUUUCUAAAGUGGUAUGGCUCAUUUGACCUUGUUUCCCUUACAAGAGGCUAAUAGGGAUGUGCCGCUGGAUGGGGUCGCAUUUUUACGACUGGAGUGGCUAUAAUGGGGUCGCAUUUUCAACAGAUUUACUAGGAUGGGGUCGCAAAUUUUUGGAUUUUGAGGGUAAGUAGGGAUUCAAAAUGGGAAGAUUGUCGGUUAAAAAAUCAGAAAGUUGUUGUUUAUUAAAUUUAACAAUAAGCUCGCAUUGACCGCAUUACAUUCCGCCGCCUGAAAUCACAUUGAUAAGGUAGAUGCAUAAAUAGGAAGUGACUAAGUUGGAAUCGCAAAAAUUACAUUGUCCAAAAAGUGACUAAGAUGGGGUCUAUAAUUGCCCAAAAAAUAGACUAUAAUGGGGUAGGGGCUCUGAGAGGCCAGCGGCACAUACCCAGCAAACAUUAACCCAAGUACCCCCCCGAGCCUUGUUUGUAUCUAAAAGCUGUCUUUUUUGGCUUGUUGUUAUUAUUUUUUCUUCCUUUGAGGUAUUAAGAAUUUUGCAACUAGUCAAUUACAUAAUGCAUAAUGUAGUAGUAUUGUUCAAGUGCCGAUAGUUGGAAUGCUCAAUGAAAAGUCUUCUCUAAUGUUAUCUUACUGUAUGAAUUGUUUUCUUUGUGCUAGUGGAACAGCAUCUAGAAAGGCCAAAAAAAUGCUUACUAACCCAGAACAAUGUUUUUGUUGUUGCCAUUGUGGAAUUUGUAAUUUGGACUUUUAGUUAUGUUACUGCCAUUUACCUUAAAGAAACUCAAAUUGUUCUCAGAAGUAUGUAAGAGUGUAUGUGUAAUAAGUGGAAGACAAUUUUUUUACCUCACCUCUCUUGAACGGGUGAAACACUGUAGCUAUUAACCCAUUCGCUCCUGGGAAUUUCGCCAAAAAACGCGUUUUGAAGCUAGUCGUGCCGUUUUCUGGUCACGGUCUGGCUAUAAUGGGCUAAAAAUUACCACAAAACUUUCUACAGGUCAUACACUUCGGUGCCCUUUGAUCCAGAUGCAAAAUAUUAACUUCCAAAGAAAGCAGAAAAUUUCGAGUUUUUGUGUUUUAAAGUGUGUACUAUAUUUGUUAGCUGGUUGAAGCCCGGUAAGUUACACUAUUUAAGACCAGGCUCCAGUCCAGUGGAUUAAUCACUAGUAAUUGGUCUUCGUACUACUUAUAAUAUCUGCUGGAUAGUGAUUUAUCCAGUGGACAUCGCUAUUCAACUUUUGAACAAGCGGGUCAGAGCACUAGUGGCUGAUAAAUGCUUUUGUUUUGUGAAUUAUAGAGUAAAACUGUCAUGGAAAAUGGUAAUUCAGAAGUAACAAAAUCUCUUGGCAAUGAAACACUACCAGUCAAAACAGAUGUCAGGGAAAGUGAGGAAGAAAAUCCUCAAGAAGGAACUGAAAAUGCUGUAGAAUAUCAUAAGGAUGGUGAUGUUAAAGAAAUGCUUGCUUUGUCUGAUCAAACAGCUGGGCAAGACAUAAAGCAGGACACUGAUAAAGUGGGUGAAGAACAAUAUGGUAAUAAUAUCCACCAAGAAGAAGGUGGCAUGCAAAAUAUAGAAACGUCUGGCCAGGAAGUGAAAAAUAAUGAUGAACAAAUAAAAGUUGAAAAAUCUCCUGAUCAGAUAAAUAGUAGUGAUGAUCAGCGUAGCCAAGAGCCUAACAAAGUAGACAGUAAUGAACACCCUUCUAAGGUUGAGGACAAAAGUGCUGAUAGUCCACCUGAACAAGAAAUGGAUAAUGCUUUGCAACUGGUGAGUCAGUAUUUCCUAAUAUCUGUUGGCCUCAGGAAGUAUUUUUAUAGAAGACUGCAUUUAUUCUUUCAUGAAUCAAAGGUACUUGUACAUGUGGUAAACAAAGGAUUUUGUGACUUGUUAACUACCAUUUAUCGAGAUUAAGGAUUUAUAGAUGCCCUUUAGGUGUAUGUCAAUACGAAACGUUUUUCUUUCACCGUCACUUAGAGAAGCCCUUGUUUUUUCUAAACUUUAUGCACCUCACACAAUGGCGAAUGCCGCAAACCUCCUCCAACCGGAAUUGUUAGUUUUAGCUGCAAUAUCCCUUCAAUAUCUCUUUGAAGCCAGCAAGUGGACAGCAAAUAGUGUUUUUGGUGUUGCUGGUUUCGUUUUGCCAUUGCAUGGAAUGUAUAGGGCAUACUGUUCCACUGGCUGAGCAUCUGGCAGAGGGAUAAUUUUAAGACCCAAAAUUUUGGGUUAACAGGUCCUAUCUAGCCUGCAGAGCAGCCGUUUUUUAACUGAAACUCUGAGGGUUCUUUUAUCGCGGCCGUGAUCUUGAAAAGCAAAAAACAAAAGACUCCCAUCAACCUCUCCCUUGAAAUCAGUUUUUGACUCUCCCCAACUCUCUGAUAAUUUUAACAUCCAAGAUGGUGAGGUAGCAUUAUUCCUGAAAAAAUCAUGGAUUGUGCUGCAAAAAAAUUACAAGGCUAGCAUCAGAAUAAGGUACUUAUCAACGGAUGAGUAAGGCUACAAUGAUAUCUUACCAAGAUUUAAAGGCGGUUGACCUUUUUCCUUGAUGUUUUCAGGGACCCGAUCUUGCAACAGAGGAUGAGUAUUGGGAUUUGUGGGAGGCAGUCAAAGUGGAUGACAUUGAACUGGUAAGUAACUCUUUAAUUUCCAACCGUACCAAGGAUCAAAAUAUGCAAUGAUUCAUUGAGGACAAAUUUCAUUUUGUGAAAUACUAAAAGGACUAACAGUAGGUAAUGUAUACGUUUUAAAGUACCAGCUGCCAUAGAUGCAUACCAAGGUAAAAGUUAUUUUCAAGUAGGUAAUUUACAUAGAUUGCAAUAUUUUUCUGUAAUUCAGGUGAAAAGUCUUCGCCAGGAAAAGAAUAUCAGAUUUACAAGAUUUCAGGAUAACAAAACAAUCCUUCAUCUUGGAGCAGAACGAAAUGCUGCCAGGGUACUUACUUUCUCUUUUGUCUAUUACCUAGGGGCUAACACUCUGUUAUAAUAUAGAACCUUGACAAUGACUGCGCUCUGUUCUGUUGUAAAGCACGCAAUAAGCUACCAGAGCAUGAAAACACGAGAAAAAAAAGGGGCGUAGUCUAGUGUUUCUCCCUACUUCUUGAGCACCGUCAAGGUUUCUUUAUUGUACAUUAGCCACCGAAGAUCGGAGAAUUCGCUGUUAACAACGCAAAAUUCUCCGGCAAAUGUUCGGUAGCCUAUGAAUAGUUUUUGUUCAGACGUGGAGCCUCUUUCGAAAUAUUAUCCUGUAACGUUACACCUUUCUCCUGUUAAUAGAAUUCUUAGUGAAAACCCUGUUUUAUGAUAAGGAAUCCGUUAAAUUCCUCACCCAUUACGUUCUUAUUUUCAAAACAAACUAUUGGCAGAUUGCAUCGACACCUUUAGCUCCGUGUUUUAUACUCUCAUAAAGCACGCUUUUCCAACCAAUCAGAGUGCGUGUUAUAUCUGAACUUUAUCAUAAAAUAAUUAGUUAUUACUCUUCUGUUUCUUCCUGUUAUUUUCAAUCAAUGGAAUAUUGGAGUGUCAGAAGGGAGGAGAAAACUGUGCUUGAAAGAGGCAACAGUUCCUCCAUGUAUUGCAGCCCAAACUUACCGGAAAAUAUUCACUUCUAGGUGGUUACUUACCUUCUGACGGAAGGAAAACUUGAUCCAAAUAUCACGGAUGAGAUAUUACAGGUGGAAACACUUAUUAAAUGUAGUUUUACCUCUUUAAAAUAGGAACAAAAACGUGGAAGAAGGGACUUUUCUUGUUGAAAGGCUAGUGAGAAUUCUGAAUAUUUGUUUACGAACGUGCAAGUUACUGCUUUGGAGAGAAGGGAUGAUAAAGACACUUAAAUUUUUCAGUAUAAGUUAUUGAGAUAAAGCUCAAUUUUGCUAUCAUAAAAAAUAUGGUCAGUUGGACGUGAUCUGUACAGGCUACUUGAGAGUGAUUUGUUGCCUUGAACGGGUGCCUGGCCAUCCAUGACAAAAUGCUCAUUCUUCGCAGCACAUGGUGAAACAAUAUGUGUGUGCUAGGGGGGGUCUACCCGAAUGUUACUGAGAGUGAUGUGAAGGUGUGCAUUAACAAGGGCACAGCUACCUGUCUGCCAUUAUGUUUGAGCAUACCUGAAAUAUACUGUCAAAGCAAAUCAGUUUCAUUUCCCUUGUUACUCCACUGUAUCUGCCAUCAAAUAAUCUUUCAAUCCAAAGUACAUUGUUUCUCCCUGAUUUUGUCAAACAUAAACAGACGCCAGGGUCCUCCUACCUUGGACGAUUUACGUCCAAGGGAGAUGUUUGCCUCACCCCUGUCAUUGACGUGGUUUGUUUGUUAAGUUAAACCCUUGUAAUAAAGAGACCAGGCUUUCGGGUUUAGACGCUCUUUUAAAGAAGAGCGUUCGGCAGCAGAGGGAGGUGGCAAAUGUGAGGUUAAGUAGUGAGGUAAAAAGCUUUGUUAGCUCCCGAUUAAUGUAGUUCAGUGGUGAAGAAAGCUUAGCAUUUCACGACUUUUAAGAUAAUAUAAACACUCUCUGAGAAAGUAUAGUAAUGUUAUUUUCAGGGUGUUCCUUUACAUGGAGCAGCUGAGUAUGGUUCUGUUGAUGCUGCCAGAAUUCUUCUGGAACACGGAGCAGAGGUAAAUCAACAUCUUAGGUGAAUGUGUGUACACUUAAGAUGUAAUAUUACCGCUGGGUUGAUCAAAGUGCAUUUGGAGUUAUUUUUAUAUGGUUUGUUUGGUUUUUGACAUUUGUUUGUAAAUUCUAGUGAUUGUCUCAUCCCUUCUACUGGGGUUGGUUACGAUGUACAGAGGAAGUUAGCCACUUUGACAUUCUCCAUAACACACGUAUCGUAAAUAAGGUCAAUUGUUCUGCUUUUUCUGGGGUGUGUGGGUAAAGGAGGUGUAUGAUAGGGAAUGUGAAAGUAGUAAAUUGUCGUACCAACAAAAUUAAUUGCAUUAUGGAAGUAAUCUGUCUGCAGUGUACCUCAAUCCCAAUCCUGCCAUAUAUGCACAGUUUUUAUCAGAUAUGUGCAAUGCAUCAGUUUAUUAUGUUCAACCCCAUUUUUGUUUUGGCUGACCAAAUUGAGGACUAAGCCAGACAUAUGUCUUUUCAAGAAAGAAAGACAUUUGCAGCUCUGGUAGAGGGCGAGUUGGUUAUCAUCAUUUGAUAUCCACUGCGUUCUCUUAGAAUAUUUUUUCACUUAGUUUACAGAAGGCUAAUGCAAUUUGUACAAAGGGUUCAUAAUCUUCAUGUCUCUGUAGAUCAAUAAACAAGACCUUAUCGGAAAUACAGCUCUGCAUAUUGCUUGUGAACAUGAACAGGUGAGGUGCAAAAGUUAUUUUCAACUCUCUCCAAGACAGACACCUUUCAGUCCAGUGCGAGGUGUUGACCUGAGAGGGGUGUCAUAAGUUUGCUCAUUUACCGUAUUUUCUCGAAUAGUGACCGUCCUUCGAAUAAUCAGUCCCCACCCCACUUUGAUGGAAAUAUUUCAAAUAAUCGCCUCCCUCGAUUAAUCGCCCCCUCCCCACCCCUCUCACCAUCUUCUCUUUCUUUUAUCCUGUCAAGUUGAUGUCGAAUCUAAUCCAGCAAAACUGAUCAGUGACGGUUCAAGCUCUCAAAGUUAAUCUAGGAACCAAAUUUGGAACACUUAAAAAGCCCAUGUUCAGUUUAUUUGAUGUGAUAAUUUUUUGAUUAAACAGGAUAAUAAAACAAGAUAUUUAGGGCACGACUUCCAGUGAGCAAUAUUUGAAAUAAUGGCCUCCCUCGAAUAAUCGUCCUCUUUUGAUGCAAAAAAAAAAAGAAAUAUACGCCCCCGCCUAUUAUUCGAGGAAAUAUGGUAUGUCACCAAGAUAAGAGAAAUAUGAAUAAUGUUGUUUUGUUUUGUAUUUUGUUUUGUAUGUUUGUGUUUUUGUUUUAGACGUGGAUUCUCGUAGGUCUCUUAAUAUAGUUUUUCAUUUUGUCUCCAAAGGGUGGAAUGAAAACCUUCCUCGUGGAUCAAGGAGCAGAUACAACAGUAGUUAACUCAGGUACU